AUGUAUAUAAAUCAAGUCGUACGCGACCAAAAUCUGGCUAUCCUAGCUAUCCAAGAGGCCCACCUGUCGGACGAACGCCUGGAGGCCCUGAACGCCUUGUUUGCAACGUCCCUUGAGAUACACUGUUCCCCAGACCCGGAGAAUAGCACGGGGGCCCGCGGCGUGGCCCUUGUUGUUAACAAGCGACGGCUAGCAGGACGAAAAUGUGUUAUACGAGAAGUAGUCCCUGGGCGGGCGAUGCAGAUUGAGUACCCGUGGUCGGCGAGUAAAUCAAUUACGCUGCUAAAUGUGUACGCACCGAAUGCCGUCGCGGAAAACGAGAAAUUUUGGACGGACCUGCGUGCCUCCUGGACAGAACGUGGCUGCAUGAAGCCUGACGUUGUGCUGGGUGACUUCAAUGUCGUCGAGAGUGCCCUUGACCGGUACCCGGCGCACUCGGACCCGGCGAGUGCCACUGAGGCUCUCGCCCGGAUGCUGAAGUGUAUAAAUGCGCACGACUCAUGGCGGGGCGCACACCCGACCGAACGUCUCUUCACCUUUAGGCAGGCGGGGGGUGAGCGGCAGUCGAGACUGGACCGUAUUUAUGUGAAGCAGUCCAUUAUCCCGAAGGUGGCGGACUGGCUGGCCGUUGGCCCAGGCAGACUGUCCGACCAUCAGUUAGUUAUAUGCUCCAUCGCAAAUUAUCACGCACCGGUAGUAGGGAAGGGGCGCUGGUCCGCGCCCCUCUCGCUCCUGGAUGACGCAAAGUUCGUCGGAACGAUGAAACGAAUGGGAAUGGACCUAACGUCCAAAAUGGCCUGUUUGGGCGAGCGGACGGAGACUGAGAACCCGCAGCUUCUCUUUGACGACUUCAAAAGGUCGCUGGCGGACGCGGCGCGGAAACGAGUCAAGGAAUGGGUCCCCAAACUAGACAAGAAAAUAACGCACCUUCGAGAACAGGUGCAGGCCCUACAGAGUGCUGAUGUGCCGUCGUUAGAGGAGAACGCGGCUGCCGCGGAGACGGUUGCGCUCCUACAGGAGCACGCACAAGGCGGCUGGACGCGACGGAAUUCCCACUGA